GUGAGAAAAGGGCGGGAAGGGGCGGGACACGCCCUGCGCUCGAGCGCUGCAGCCGCCGGUGGCCGCGGGAGGGCGCUCGUGAGGGCCCCACCUCGGGCAGGUGCUGCUGGCCUCCCUGAGGGGCGUCUGUGGGGCUUAACGAAGUGUCUGCACACCUGGGUAGCAGCCUGCACGCUGAGAACUCGCAGAACCCGGGGCUAAAGCGGGAUGUCAGCACGUUGUGAACACAAGCACGGGUGUAAAUGAAAAUACCUUCUCACUGUUCACCAGAGUCUGAGAUUUUCGCACGGUGGUUUCCAACUGUGCAGUUUCUGAUGGGCUCCCGUGUUAAACUGCAGCUUGUAGGCAGGUUAAUUCCCAAACUGCCUGCUUUGGAGUGCUCCUUCUGAGUUUUAGGCCAGGUCACCUCAGUGGAAAGGGGGGAAUGUGAAAAACUGCAUUGUGUAGUGUUGUCAGUAAUAACUGUUCUAUUUUCCACUUCUUGGUGAUAAAAAGUCAAAACAUUCAUCGCAAAUGAAGCAGUACUUAAAAUCGGUACUGAAUUCUUAAUAAGCCAGAUAUGUUCCUGCAUACCUAAGCAUUGGCAAAGCACAGGAAAACGGGAAUUGUUCCCAGCGUGUAGCUCAGAAAAGGGAGAACAUUUCUGCAUCGAUGCCACGUGCUCCCAUGAUGUGCUGGCAGACCAGGAGUUAAACGCUGUCCGCAAGUUACUUUGCUCCAAGGGUAUAAAAGAAGCCCCAUGGCUUUGGUUCCAAACCUCGUGUUUGGAAAUGCGCCGUGUGCCUGUCCCGCCAGAGCGCUCAGGAGACAAACUCCUUGCAUGCCAAGUGAGCAAUUCUUAAAGCUGCUGAAAAGCAUGACUUCCUGUUCUGUUGUUCCAAAACCUCCAGUAAGAAGGGUUGCUAUCUUUGGAGGAACUCAUGGCAAUGAGUUAUCAGGGAUAUUUUUGGUCAAGCACUGGCAAGAGAACGGAGCUGAGAUUCAAAGAACAGGAAUGGAAGUGAAACCAUUUCUCACCAACCCAAGAGCUGUGAAGAAGUGCACUAGAUACAUUGACUGCGAUCUGAACCGUGUUUUUGACCCUGAUAAUCUUGGAAAGACAGUGGUGGAAGAUAUUCCAUAUGAAGUGAGAAGGGCUCAGGAAAUCAACCAAAUAUUUGGUCCAAAAGGUAGCGAUGAUGCCUAUGACCUUAUUUUUGACCUUCACAACACCACUGCUAACAUGGGUGGUACCCUUAUUCUUGAGAACUCCAGGGAUGACUUUACAAUUCAAAUGUGUCAUUAUAUCAAGAAUGCUUUGGCUCCAGAACGCUGUCCUGUUUUGCUGAUUGAACAUCCUAGCUUGAAGUAUGCAACAACUCGAUCUGUAGCAAAACAUCCUGUUGGUGUGGAGGUGGGGCCCCAGCCACAAGGCGUUGUUAGAGCUGAUAUUUUGGACAAAAUGAGGAAGAUUGUCAAACAUGGCCUUGAUUUUGUUCACCUUUUUAAUGAAGGAAAAGAAUUUCCACCAUGUACAAUUGAGGUUUAUAAAAUAAUGGAGAAAGUAGAUUAUCCCAGGAAUAAAAAUGAUGAAGUUAUUGCUAUUAUUCACCCUAAGCUGCAGGAUCAAGAUUGGCAGCCACUGAACAAUGGCGAUCCUCUAUUUUUGACUCUUGAUGGAGAAUUAAUUGCAUAUAAAGGAGACUGUACAGUCUAUCCAACAUUUAUUAAUGAAGCUGCGUAUUAUGAAAAGAAACAAGCUUUUGUAAAAACAAUUAAAAUGGAACUCACUGCAGAACACAUCAGAUCCUCAGUCACAGAUCAGAACACCUCUUAAAAGCUCACGACAGAUUUUCCAUACAAGAAGUGGAUUUCUUCUCUGGGAAAUCCAGUAUCAUUCAGUAGUUAAUCACAGGCUAAAUAAAUUCAGAAUCUAAUUUAAAAAAUUAAUUUAAUUAACAUUUUCAGAAUUUUUAAUAUGAAAGAUAUUGUAAUAAGAUAGUGUCAUAAUGCUAAUUAUGGCUUCUAUUUUCUUGUUUUAAUAGAUUACUAUAGAUACAAAGAACAUUAUUUUUAUAAAGCUUGGUAGUUCAUGCUAUAUAAAAGGAUUAAACAACGUACCACGUAUACUGAUGAGCAGCUAUAAAGUAUCUAUCAAGAAUUACAUAGAAAGUAAAACUUCAUCACCCCAGCUACGUGAUGUAAAAGCAACAGCAUUUUAACUUGAUAAGCCAAAACAGCCAGUAACCAACCAUCUUUAAAUCAAUUGUUCCGCUGAGCCAUAUAAAAUGUGACACAGAGGAAACAAGCUAGAGGGAAGGAAACACUGAGAGGGGACGUGUGUGUUAUUAAUGCCUGCUGCCCAGAAGUGGGAGCCUUAGGGUGUGUUUUGGUUUUGUACGUAAGAAGAAGAAUCUAAAAACAUGAUUUCUAAGGAAGUAAUACACUAAAAUAAAUUCUGUUUAAAUUAUUACAAGAUUAAUUAAACUGUUCCUGAUUUAUCUUUUAAAAACAAAAAAGGGUUGAAUUUAAGAAGUUUCCAGUAGUCUGAAACAAACUGAAACAAUAUUCUGGGAAAAAAAGAUGUGCAUCUCCAGUGAAUAAAUUCAGAAAGCACAUGACAAUGAGUUGUUCACACAACUCCCCAAAGUAUGUACUUUGACGAGUACAAAGCCAAAAUCUUUUUAGCUCCCUUCGUGUAACUCUGUAGCAAUAAAGUAAAAAUACAGGACAGAAAGAGAUGUCUAUUGAAUUACAUGUUUUAUUUCUUUAUAUUCAGAUAAAUAUUGAAUAAAAAUUACAGAUUGA